AUCCUGUUUGUUUUGUCCUUAAAUAAUUUGAGUGGCCUGAAUUGCAUGUGGGCUGUUUCCGUAAUAAUAACCGCAAAGAUAAAUAAACUCUCAGCAAAGUGCUCUGCGACAAAGAUGCAGCGCUUGACCAACUCGUUUGCCCUUUGUGUUGCCUGGGAUUGCCCUCGGGGCAGCUGUGCCUGAGCUGCUCUCGCCCUGGGGCAGGAGCGUUCGCCAGGCUCUGAGAGGCCUGGGGGUGCCGGACCGGACCGGACCGGACCGGACCGGACCGGACCGGACCGGACCGGACCGCUGCUGCGCGCGAGGCCGUGUUCCUGGCCAGACGAGGUUUGCUAGGAAAGCUCUUGGGUGCUACCCGGCGGUCUGGGCCAGUUCCUCUGCAGCACUGGUGCCGCUCCGAACCCGAGCGCCAGGCCCGGCCCACAGCUGGCCGCUCUGCUGUGCUCCUGCGCUGGCCGGUUGGUAACGGGGAACAGCAGAGCCGUGCGCACCUCCCUGACACCCUCCCCUCCCCCGGAGCUCUGUCUCCCUGGCGACGGAGCUACAGCACGCUCCAAACCCCGGACUGGAGUCGGCGCGAGCCUCCUCCCCCUGCCCCCAGCGCCCAGCGCCCAGCUCCGUCUCUGGCCCGGGCGCGGAGCAGAGGGCUGGCGAGGGUGGUUUCCCACCGGCUCCGCCCAGAGCCGCCGGAGCUGAGCUGUGCUGAGCUGUGCUGGUGACUUAGCCCUCCGUGGGCUGAUGAGCAGCUCAUGAGCGUGAAGCGGGGGUGAGGUGACUCAGCUGACACACACACACAGAGGCUCAGGCUGCAUGGCUGCUGCAUUGAGGAAGUGCCUCUGGUCUGUACAGCCAGCCAGCUGGCUGGGGGGAGGGGGAGGGGGAGAGUGAGGGCAGGAGGGAGGACACGCAGUGUGGCUGGGGGGAGGAGAGAGGGAGAGAGGGAGAGAAGCAGGAAACGGAGAGCUGAGCGAGUAAGGGAACAGAUGACUGACUUGAUUCUCCCCCCAGCAGGCACGCGGUCCUCCUGCAUGUGCAGUCGUGAGGCGGGCACGAGCGGGGGGGAGGGGUGUGCACUGGUGAAAAGGGGAGGGGCUUGUGCGUGUGUGUGUGUGCGCGCGAGUGUGUGUGUCGGCCCUGCCCCCUCCCCCUCCCCCCCCCUCCCCCUGCUCUUUGUGUGUGAGAGGGAGGAGGGAGCUGCUCUCAGUACAGGCAGCGCUCGGCUCCGCCAGGGGCCUCGCUGUGCUCUCUCGGUCUCUGUCCCCGGGCCUGCUGCGGACGCGCUCGCCAGGACUGCGCCACGCCGCCAGCUCUCCGGCGCACCAGUGAAAGAUGGAUGUGGCCGUAGCAGAGGAGCCCCAGAAGAAGGUUUUCCGGGCGAGGAAGACCAUGAGAGCGAGUGACAGGCAGCAGCUGGAGUCCAUACACCGCACGCGAGAGAGCAGCCCCAAAACCGGAGACCCCCCGAACUUCCCCACCCUCACCUCCUCCCCUUCCUCCGCGCCGGCCCCCGACGCCGCCACGCCGCUCGUCAACGGAAAGCACCCUGACAAUGAGGCCGCGCCCCAGGGGUCACCCCAGCGCCAGGGCCGAGAGGCGAGCAGCAGCCCCGCUCCCCGCCCUCUGGGGGCGGCGGGGUCCCCUUCGCUCGUCCUCUCCCUCUCUUUCUCCCCCUCCCAGGCGGAGGCGGACGAGGGCCCCGAGCCCCUGAACCCCAGCAGCCCCAGCCUCUCCCCGGGGCCGGGGGACCCCGCCGCGGCUCUGAAGAAGGCGGAGGCCUCACGGGGCCCCCCCUGCACAGCCCCGGGGCUCAGCAACGGCACCAGCGAGGAGGAGGAGGGGGAGGGGCAGGGGCAGGGGCAGGGAGAGGCGGUGAGAACCCCCUCCCCGCCAGCCGGAGAGGAGAGGGGCGACACGAGGAGAGAGGCAGAGAGCGUGGGGGGCAAGGCACCCUCCCCCAUCAUCCUGCUGACCCCCCUGGAGAAGGAGCAGAUACAGCGGGAGAGAGAGAGCCCUGCACAGGUGAGGCUCAGAGAGAGAGAGAGAGCCCUGCACAGACUGCAGGCCAAGUACGCGCGGCUGGCCAAGAAGUGGGGCGCUGCCAACCAGGCCCGCGAGGACGCCAGGAAGACUCAGGAGGCGGCCAGCGCAGGCACUCCAUCUGCUGCCCCGUCAGCUGCGUACCGCAGGAGCAGCACCACAGUGAGGACGAUGCUGGACUCCCGCCGGGCCGAGCCGCCCGGCCAGACGCCAGUCGCGCCAGCAGCAGGCGGCGCUCCUCAGCCAGUGCAGAUCAAAGCCGUCGCCCAGCCCGCCGCCGCCUCUGUGGUCAACACCGUGGUGACCCCCGUGCUGUCCAUCAUCAGCACCGCAGCGAGCACGGGGCCCACCUCCACCUCGGUCUCCGCCCCCGCGCCGCUCGGCCAGCCGGGGGGCCUCACCCUGAAGGCCGCGCCCCUGACCGCCGGGGUCACGACCUCGGUGGCGUCCAGCUCGACCCCCGGCGCUGCUCCCCAGCCCAUCUCGAUCCAGCCGCUUCUCAUCCAGCUCCCACUGAGUGUCGCCGCCGCCCCGCAGGGGGCGCUGGUGAGCAGCCCCGCCCCGGGCAUCGAGCUGAUCCCCGUGUCGGCCGCCCCGCCAGGGGGCGGGCCCGGGGCCACGGCCAGACCAGACACCCAGGCCACGAACCGCGCGCCUGACUCCACCACCAGGGCCCUGCCUCAGGCGGGCCGGCCCUCCAGCUCGGGAGCAGUCAUUGACCUGACCGAGGACGACGACGACGUUCAGGUGACAGGAGUGAAGAAGGCACCUGUGCAAGCGCAGUCCCCAUCUUCCACUUCCACCUCCUCCUCCUCCUCGCAGCAGCCCCUGGGGCAGCGAGCGCCCCCCCCGCCUGCUCCUGUGGCACCUGCACCCACCGCCACCCCCCAAACACAGGCGGGCACCACGACCAUGCACGUCCUGCCAACGAGUAUGCCUGUCAGGUCUGGGACGCAGUACGCCGUCAGUGGACCUCAGCUGACUGUCCACCAUCGGCCCUCGCAGGACCCCUCGUCCACCCGCCCGGCCGCAGCCCCCCCGUCCUCCUGCCCGCCCCCUCCGCUCCCCGUGCACCCCGCGCCCCUGCCCUCGCCGCCGCCGCCCCCCGGCCGCCUGCCCCCCGAGGCGGCCAGCACCUCGCCCCCCCAGAAGCCGCAGCUGAAGCUGGCGCGAGUGCAGAGCCAGAACGGCAUCGUGCUGUCCUGGUCGGUGACGGAGGUGGACCGCAGCUGCGCCGCCGUGGACAGCUACCACCUGUACGCGUACCACGAGGAGCCCGCGCCCGCCGCGCCGCCCUCGCAGUGGAAGAAGAUCGGCGAGGUCAAGGCGCUGCCUCUGCCCAUGGCCUGCACGCUCACGCAGUUCGUGUCCGGCUCCAAGUACUACUUCGCCGUGCGCGCGCGGGACGUGUACGGCCGCUUCGGGCCCUUCUGCGACCCGCAGUCCACCGACGUCAUCGCCGCCGCCAGCAGCAGCUAGGGCCGGGCCGGGCCGGGCCGGGGCGCCUUGGACCAGCAGCCCCUGCUCAUGUCGGGAGCGGCGCCGCGCUGCGGUCCGGCGCUCCCUGAGGCGGUAGUGAGUGUUCAGGGUUCGACGAGGGGCGUUCGGCCCCCCCCUCUGUCCGUUGUGAUGAGGAGUUUGCGUUCUGGUGACAGCUCGGCUCCACUCUGCAAACUUGUGCGGCUCCACGCUGUGCAGGAGUGUGCUCGUGCAAACAGCCUGACCUCAGGCCUGUGCGUGCGUGCGUGCGUGCGUGCGUGCGUGCGUGCUGGUGUGUCUGUGGACACUCCUGAGGCCUGUGGGUGCGUGCGUGCGUUCUCGCGCGUCUGUGGACACUCCUGAGGCCUGUGGGUGCGUGCGUGCGUGCGUGCGUUCUCGCGUGUCUGUGGACACUCCUGAGGCCUGUGCGUGCGGACACUCCUGAGGCCUGUGCGUGUGUGCGUGCGUGUGGACACUCCAGGAGGUCAGUGUCUCUGCAGUGGGAUCUCGGACUCUGCUGCAGGAGGGAAGCCCAGGCCCUGUCCAGGAGGUUCCUGGAGAGGCGCAGGCUUGAGGCUGACCAUACUGCCUCCUGCAGGCCUGCAGCAGUACUGCGCACACUCCUGCUUCACUGGUGCGGCUGUCGUUCACGAGCUGCUCCCCACGAGCCGGGCAAGAACAGUCACUUACUGUAAAGCGUUACUGUUUCAUGGAAAGUUUUUUUUCUUAAUUGGACAAAAGUUCUCAUCUUGAACACGAUCAGGGAUGCUGAACUUCUUCGCUGUCUGGUAACCAGACUGCACUGCGUGCCGAGAGCUGGAGAGGGGCGUGAUGGGAGUCACAACGCCCCCCACGAGAUGAAAUGCUGUGUACUUUCCGAGUUCAAUAUUUCUAUAUUUUUUUUUAUUGUUCAUUUUUCUUCCUGUUUUAAUAAAGCCCUGACCAGGA